AUGUCCUCCUCGCCCGCCGCUCCGUUCAGGGUGGAGACAUCCUUUGACGGCGCCGGUGCCGCCAGAACCGGUUCGUUCUAGCCACCGCCGCCAUGUUCAUGCCCGCCGCGCGCGCUGCACGGAGCAGGUGGUAGGACGUUGCUGCGACGAGUUCGCUGGGUGUCGUCGGCACAAAAUGCCCGGCUGCUGCGUGCCGUUGUGCAGUAAUCACUCGAGGAAUGGUUGGCGAAUGUUUCAGUUCCCAAGAGAUACAAAAAGAAGAAUUUUGUGGACUGCAAGGAUCAAGCGGGACAAAUGGCAGCCCACGAACACCUCGUGCAUAUGCAGUGCUCAUUUCGAAGAGGACAGCUUCGAGCAAAACAGAGCAGACGGAUGGAAAAAACUAAAGCCAAAUGCGGUGCCGACAGUGUUUUCCUUCAGACCUUUGCCUCGUCACAGAAAGGCACCAAAGGAUAGGACCGGACCCGCUGUCCUCUCGGCCCUACUUGAAGAUCAACACGACAUAGCCACUGAUGAUCAUGAAGCUGCGAUGGACCCAAUGUCGUCACCAGGCAGGUUUGAGCUGACUCAAGGACAGAAUUGCAGCCCACACGACGCCAGCUCAAGUGCACUGGUAACAGACGAAGCAGGUCUGCAAGUCUCAGCCAGUGGAAUGAAUGCCGGGGCCUCUGACCUGCAGUCUGCUUGUACCUCUUGCGCAGAAUUAAGUAAGCAGCUCGCAGACCUGACACGAAAAUACUGCGAACUUCAAGAAUUGCAUACCCAGGCAAACUCAACAAUCCAAGGUCUCCGAAAAAAAGUUAAGAAGCUCGAAGGUAACAUUGAAACAUUCGGAAAGAACAUCAAGUUCCUUAACGAAGACCAAAUACAGGCACUGUCGCGCAAUAGCAACAAAGGGAGUACUUGGUCUCCGCAAAGUGUUAAGCAAGCACUUCAAAUUAAAUUUUCAUGCGGGACGUCCGGCUAUGAAACCUUAAGGAAACUCGGGUACCCGCUGCCAACUAACAGAACUCUGGCGCGUCGCCUACAGGCACUCAGUUUUCUGCCCGGUAUCCUGACUGACGUGAUCGACCUGCUAAAAACGAAAGCGGAGGGUAUGCAAGACAUUGAAAAAGACUGUGUUCUGCUACUAGACGAGAUGGAGAUUGCCAGGGGCUAUGAGCUUGAUCGCGCUGAAGAUGUUGUUCUUGGGGGAACAACUUUACCUGCAAAGCCGGAUGAACCUGCCCACCAUGCCUUGGUGUUCAUGAUAGGGGGUCUUAACCGGCGGUGGAAACAAGUGAUUGCCUAUCACUUUACUGAAAGGAGCAUAGACGGCCUUAUUCUCAAAGACUACAUAUUGAAUAUCGUGAAAGUUUGCGCAGAUAUCUCCCUGAGGAUCCGCGUCGUCACUUCGGAUAUGGGUUCUUCCAACAGGGCAAUGUGGCGUGAAUUUCGCUUCUCUAGCCACAGGAACUCCAACACCAUAUGCUCGAUACCACAUCCUUGUCUAGAAGACAAAGAACUCUUCUUCACUGCAGAUGCUGCACACGUACUUAAGAAUAUCAGGGGCCAACUUUUGAGUUCUGUCGUUUUCACCAUUAGUGAUGCAACCAAGUGUCAACAUGACCUACCCUCAAGGGAAGUAAAACUUGAGCACGUGCGCGCAGUGGUAGACUUUGACAAAAAACGGGAGCUGAAAGUCGCGCCAAAGCUCUCGGACAUCCACGUGUCGAACGGGCAUUUUACGAAGAUGAAGGUGGGAGUGGCCGUUCAGUUUUUUCGAGAAGCUCCUGCCGGGAUUCGGUACUUGAUAAAGCAGAAGAUCUUGGAUCCGGAGGCGGAAACUACAGCGUGGUUUUUAGAGCUUGUCUUUAAGUGGUAUGCUCUUAUGUCAUCACGACACCCAUCAACUGCCUUGAGUCUUGAACACAUGGACAAAUAUCACGCAGCCAUAGACGUAUUGUGCUUGGCGUCUGAGACCAUUCGGGGAACAAACAUGGGGAGCACAUCCCAAUGGAAGCCCUCACAGGCGGGUUUCUUGAUAGCCACAUCUGUGAUCAUUCGCCUGCAGGAUGUCCUUCUAAGAAGUGAAGGCUACAAGUUCUUCCUCACGAGCCGAUUGCUCCAGGACUGCUUGGAAAAUCUAUUUUCGGUUAUACGUCUCAGGAAGCCUGUUCCAAGCGCCUACGAUGUGAAGUGUGCGUUGAAGCUUGUUUGUGUCAGCCAAUUCUUCCACACACCGUCAACGACUAGCUACGAUGUCGAUGACGCACAGUACCUGAUCGACCUGCUGUCGGCAGGUAUGCAAGAACAAACGGCAGCCGAGAUUGAAGCUAUCGAUGACUCGGAGAUCCCCUUUGUCGAAGAGGUAACAUCAGCUGAGUGCGAGAUUUUGUUUCAUAUCGGUGGGUUUCUUAUAAAAGGGAUCCUCAAAUCUAUUGGCCACUGCGAGCAGUGCAAGCCCGCAUUGUUAGGCUCAAGCAGCAGUGAGCAUGCGUACUUGACGUCCCUCAAGGAAUACGUCUCUGAAGGCAGCAACCUUCAUUACCCAAGCGAUGCAGUCAUGCUGGUUCUUAAAUCUUGCGAGGAACAUUUUAAUGGUAUCACCGCCUGGACGGAAAGCGUUUUCACCAUGAAAUCUCCUUUGAAGGCUGUAACCGCAUACUUGACAAAGAUGUUGCGGUGGGGCGUAACGUGCGCCUGUCAGGAACACAAAGAAACAGUGGAAAAGCUCCUUGUGUCAAACUACGCGAGACUGAGGCUGCGUGUGCACCUGCGUCAAGCCGCGGCAACGGGACUUGACGGGCAUGCAAGCAAGACGUGUGCAGGAGUGAGCCUACAGUGAACACUGAAAUUAAAUUUUAAUGCAUAUCGCCAGAAUUCAAAAACUUUCGUUUCAUUUGUGUUACUCUUUUAAUAUAGUUUUCAUUCAUGUGUUUAUUCUUACUUUGCUGUGCGUGCUGAUUUUUCACCUUAUGUCUGUGCAAGGUAUCCGCUUUUUUUCCAACUUAUCAAACUGAGCUGCAAGCUGACAUUCUAAUUUAUUUUGUUCAAGUUAAUUCAAGGCUUCAUUGUAGUUUCUGGUCAUUGGUCUGAGAUCUACGAAAGACCUGUGGCAAUUGACACCUCCUGACAGCUGACAUAAUAAAAACCUGCAUGGCGACCCAAACAUCGUGACCGAAA